AUGAUGAAAGGUUCAAAGCGUUUGGCUGUGUCGGAACCCAACCAGGUUGAUACCAACGAAACGCCGUUCCGGAAUAAAAGAAUAAUGGAAGGAUCCCUCUUUGAUGUUCAUAGGGCCGAACCAUCUCAACAACCAAUGGUGGCAGCACCACCAUUGGAUAUGAAACGGGCAGAGUCAUCCCAGCAGCAUGUGAGAGCUUUAAAUACCCAGUUUGCAAGUUGGGUUCAAACACAACUAAAGAAUCAUCCUGAUGAGCUUUGGGAAGAUGGUGUCAGAGAUUACAUAAAUCAUGCUUCAAGCAUUAUGGAAAAGUUCAGUGAUGUUGUCAACUGGCUCAAAGCAAAUGCCACCAAGGCGGAAAAUUCGGCUGCUGAUGCCAGUGCUGCUUUUUCUGGGAAAAAGCUCUUACCUGAAGUAAUAAACAAAGAAAAUAAAUCUUUUGGAGAAAAAACUGGGUUUACUCCUGUUAGUACUGCUACAAAUUUUGCUAGUACAUGGAGUCCUGGAUUAUUUUCAAGCAGUCAAAGCAUUUUUGGAUUUGGUAACCAAAGUUCACCUCCAUCCAACAACAAUGCUUCACAUGAUGCAGAUGAAGAAAAUGAAUUGGAACAGCCUAGCAGCCCAUCAGUUAAGAAGACCGAAGAGAAAGGUGUAGUCGUAGUUCAUGAAGUAAAGUGCAAGCUUUAUGUGAAGUCAAGUGAUCCAGCAGAUAAAGAUGCAUGGAAAGAUAAAGGAAUCGGUCAACUGUCUAUUAAAUGCAAAGAGGGUGUCAGCAAGGCUACCAAAGAAUCCAAACCUACAAUUAUUGUUCGAAAUGAGGUAGGAAAAAUUCUUCUCAAUGCCUUGUUGUAUCCAGGAAUCAAGACAAACCCACAGAAGAACUCUCUUGUUGCAAUAUUCCAUACUUCGGGUACUGGUGAAGGAAGUGGUGGGGAUAACGAUAGUGUAGUUGCACGUACAUUCUUGAUCCGUAUGAAAACAGAAGAUGAUCGAAAUAAGCUGGCUUCAACCAUCCAAGAAUAUGCUCCAGUGUCUUGA